AUGCUCGGUGUAGCAGGCUACUCAUACCACGUCUUCUACAAAUGGCUGGUCCUGCGGAAGAUCGACAAUGCCUUCUCGCCGGGCUUCUCGUCGCUCGAGCUUGCGGCGCUCGCGCAGCACGGGUACACCCUCGGGGAAGGGAUUGACAGUGAUGACGAGACCAAGUUCCGGGUAACAAGGCCGGAGCAGGCUCUGAUCGAUAAUAUUGUCAGUGGAAAGGUGAAGGGACAUUACUACUUACUCUUCGGCGAGAAGGGGACGGGUAAGACAAGCAUGCUUCUGGAGAGCAUGCAAAAGGUCCACGGGGAUGGAGUGGGAAUGCUGGAAGCACAUGGCGAUAUCGAAGUAUUCAGGCUGAGGUUGGGCAAGGCGAUUGACUACGAGUACCAUGAGGACUAUAUCGGUGGGAUGUUUAGUAUCCGAGGGCCGCGUGAUUCGACGCCAUUGCUGGAUAUCGAACGUGCGUUGAACAAGCUGGAGAAGGUGGCGCUGCGUCGGAAAGAGAGCGACCGGCCGCUGAUCUUGAUGAUCAAUAAUCUGCACUAUCUGCCGGACAGUCCAGAAGGGCAGCAGCUCAUCGACCUGCUUCAGCAGCGCGCGGAAAUGUGGGCUGCGAGCGGGCUCGUGACCGUCGUUUUCACCAGUGACCAGUACCGCACGACCGAGAUGCUGAGACUCCAUGCGACGCGGAUGCGGGUCCUCAACAUCCAGGACAUCCCCAAGGACCUGGCCGUGAAGUCGCUCAGAGCGUUUCGACGGAACGCUUUUCGCGAGGAUGUGCCCGCUAGCGUGCUGGACCAGGUCUAUAGUUUGGUCGGAGGGCGCCUGAUCCACCUGGAUCAGGUCGCCCGGUCCCAGGACAUGCUCAAGACCUGUCACGCCAUUUGUGAGAAAGAGAAGCGCUGGCUGUUGUGUAAAUGCUGGAUUUUGGGCGCCGAGAUGGAUGACAAGGCUGAGGACCAGCAGGAUCUCUCGUCCGGCGCAAUGCUCCUCGGCAAGACGCUCGUCGAGCUGGAAAAGGCCAAAGACCGAACGCACUACGUCUCUGGACUACCGGGCAUCGCCCUGCACAAGGCGCAAGAGCUCAUGACCCGAGCCGAUCUGAUCAAGAAGCUGGAUGAGAUGAACAUCAUUGCAAUCGACGCCGACGCCAUUGUAAGAGCGGAUUCGGUGCCAAUGCAGAACGCCUUUCGUUCGGUCUGCAGUGACCCUGAAUUUGAGGAGCAUCUGGCGGCGACGCUUGAGCGACUGGAUGAGCUGGAAGGACUCGGGAGGACGACAGAGCUGCGGCUGAAGGACUUUAUGGAUGACGAGUAUGAGAUCAAGGUACAGCGGAGGGGAGAGGAGACGUUUUUGUCUGUGCAAAAGAAGCAAAAGGAGCCAAAGACAAAAGAGUAG